AUGAGUUCGUUUUCACAAGUGCGAGAACAGUCUAUUAACGACAUAUCUCACUCAGACGAAGCCUACAUUAUUGCCAGUAAACACAUGCGCGUUCUGCGACAUGCCAUAACUUGCCAAAGUAACGAAACGUCAAAUCCUUGCCAAUAUUCUGUUUGCAAGGAAAUGCGUUCGCUCCUAGACCAUGCGUUCAAUUGCUCCAACGACAGUGAUUGCACGGUCUCCCACUGUGAUAUCUGCAAGCGACUUAUUGAACACUUGGAUAAUUGCAGCGGUCUCAAUUGUCGUCUAUGCUCCGUUAACAAUUUUUAUCGAAAUCCCAAUAAUGAGAAUUCUCCUAACAAUCACAAUUUGGUUAACGGAAUACAGACGCAUUCUAAUUCUUCCUCUGUUGCUCUAAAUGGAUUUGAUUGGCGAUCGCGAUACGGUUCAGAAAUCCGUGAUCAGCUUGUUCGAUCUUAUGCAGGACAAGUGUUUAACCCGGAAACCUAUAAUGACAGCCGGUCGGAUGUUAUAUUUAGUGUUUUUCAAAAACAGGAAGCUAAAUGCUUUAAAGAAUGUUCUAGUGAGGAUGAAUAUAGGGCCAAGCUGAAGCGUUAUGUUGACCGUCUUCAAAAUGAAUUGAAAAACAAGCUUGAAAAGCACAAUGGCAACUCAAUCUCACCCUCCACAAUAAAAUCAGAACCUGUUGAACAGAUCAAUCCUCGAUCUCAGUCCUCACUGCUUUAUAGUGGUGGUUCGACAGGGUUUACUAGUGGUUCUGCACCUGGAUCUUCUAAUGGAAAAUCUGUUGAAAAUAUGGAUUCUAACGUAAAGCCCAAACCCGAAAGUUCCACUCCAUCGAACGAUGCUGUAUCGUCAGUUAAAACUGAGGAAACAUCUGAUGCUCAAUCCACUUCCAAGCACGAUCCUUCCACUUCAUCUGGACCAUCAUCAAUUGAUCAAAAGCCGUUGCAUUUUUCCAAUGAACGUCGCUGCAUGUGGACAAAAGAACAGCUUCAAAAUGCCUUCCUCCCUCUCGUCAGUAAUAUUUACAACCAGGAGCCCCAUUCCAUCCAUUUUCGUGUUCCUGUGGCCUAUGAGGAGCUUCGGCUCACUGAUUAUCCAUCCAUCGUUCCUAAUCCAAUGGAUCUUUCUACCAUUGAAAAGAAAUUACAGAUUGGUGAUUAUGAGGGUCCCUGGGAUGUAGUUGAUGAUUUCUGGCUCAUGUUUAAUAAUGCUUGGAGGUAUAAUAGGAAGAAUACAAAGAUAUAUAAAGCUUGUACAAAGUUGUCGGAAAUAUUUGAGUCCCUAAUUGAUCCGCUAAUGCGUGAUUUGGGUUUCUGUUGUGGACGUGCUUAUGUUCAUCAUCCUCAUGUUCUCUCCUGUCUUACUGAAAAGUCUUGUAAUAUCAAUCGUGAUGAUGUCUAUUAUAUUUGUGAGACCACGGACAAGGAACAAAAGAAGGAAUUUCUGGACAAGUAUAUUGUUUGCGAUAAGUGCUUCCAAAGUGCCGGAAGCACAAUUACAAUUGACGACCAGAGCUCCCCUGUUCAUCUGGAAAAGAGUCGUUUUAAGAAGCAAGUUAAUAAUACCAUUGUCCACGAGAAAUUUGUUCAUUGUCGUGAGUGCGGUCGCAAGUGGCAUAAAGUUUGUGCCUGCCACAUGGAUGAGAUUUGGCCUAGUGGAUUUGUCUGUGACAAUUGCCGAAAGACCUACAAUAUUCCCAAGGCUUCAAAUCGUUUUACUGCUAAACGUCUCCCUAAGUGCAAGUUAAGUGAGUUUCUUGAAAAGCGUGUGAAUGAUUUUAUGAAAAAAAAUGAGCCUAAUACGAAGGAAGUGACGAUUAGAGUCCUUGCAAGUGGUUAUAAAAGUGUUGAGGUGAAGAAGUACAUGCGAGAAGUAUUUUAUGCUGGUGGCAAAUUUCCGGAGUCCUUUCCCUACAAAACAAAGGCCAUUUUCGCUUUUCAAGAGGUUGAUGGUCAGGAAGUUUGUUUUUUUGGUCUCUAUGUUCAAGAGUACUCUUCUGAUUGCCCUCCUCCGAAUACUCGACGUGUUUACAUAGCCUAUCUGGAUUCGGUCUACUUUUUCCAGCCCAAGCAAUACCGAACAGACAUUUAUCAUGAGAUCUUAAUUGGUUACAUGCACUAUGCGAAGAAACAGGGCUAUGCUAAUGCCCAUAUCUGGGCUUGUCCUCCUGGAGAAGGAGAUGAUUACAUCUUCCACAUGCAUCCAGUGGAUCAAAAGAUACCCAAGCCCAAACGUCUUCAGGAUUGGUAUCGCAAAAUGCUCCAAAAGGGUCACAAUGAACGCAUUGUCUUCGAUUAUAAGAAUAUCUAUGAAGAUGCUUCAGAAACUAAACGCCUUCUACCCACCGACCUCCCUUACUUUGAUGGUGAUCUCUGGCCAAAUACAAUGGAGGAGCUGCUCAAACCCCUCGUUGAAAAUCGUAGAAGACUGAAAGAGGAAGAAGCCGCAGAGGAAUGCGUUGAGUGCGAAGAAGAUUGUGACUCCAAUCAUGGAAGCCUUGAUUGUGACCGAAAACCAGGUAGUGCAGGGAGUGGUAGUGGGUUAAAUGGAAUGGACAAUCGAAAGAAGACCAAGAAGCGCAAAAUCAAGCGAGCUGGUUCCUCUUUGAAUAUUCAUGGAGGUGGAACGAAGCGUAAGAGACUUACCGCUGCAUCAAAUGAAGACACUGAGGCUGAGGUUCAACGUAGACUGGAAGAAAAUCUACAGCGCCAUGCUGAUGCUUUCCUCACGAUUAAUCUCUACAACCCAAACCAAAUUCCUAAUCUCCAGCCUAUUAAAGAUCCUGAUCCCCUUCUUUCAUCUGAACUCAUGGAGUGUCGCGAUUCUUUCCUGAGCCGGGCUCGUGAACGCCAUCUGGAAUUCUCUACUCUCCGAAGGGCUAAAUUUUCUACUCUUACUUUCCUGUAUGAAAUUCAUCAGGAAAAUAAGGAUACAAUAAUCUAUGUGUGCACUGGAUGCAAGGCUGAGACCGAGACGCCAAGAAUUUGCAAGCAAUGCUUGAACUUUUAUCUCUGCGAGGAAUGCUUCAAGACUCGUGGACAUGAUCACCCGAUGACUAGAGUUGUGGUUAGUGAUGAUAGUGCCAACAACGCAUCAGUUCAACAAUCAGAUCGAUUACGAAUGGAAAAAUGUGUGGCGUUGUUGAAACAUACCUCAGUCUGUCGAGAUGCCAAUUGCCGAGUUCCAAGUUGCCGGGAUUUCAAACGUCGUUUGUCGCAUCUGGAAUCACCGCACGACCGAACUAAGUGCAUCCCUUGUCGUCAAAUGCAUAGGAUAAUUGUGGCACAUUCGGCCAAGUGUAAUGAUGCCAAUUGUCUGGUUAUAUUCUGUGCUCAAUUGAAAGCCAUGAAGAAGCAACAAGAAUCACAACAGCGUCUCCGAAAGCUACAAACUCUUCGUCGUAGGCAGAAGACGAUGCAAUGUGCCAACAGCAACAAUAUCCAAACUUCCCAGCAGCCUAACACACCUCAACAGGCGGCUACUAGUGUUGCUCCUUGCACAUCUAAUCCUUCUGUUUCUCAGUCUUCUACAACGACAAAUACAACAGCAUCUCCAACUGUUUUGAGCGGUCCAGGUUCAACAGAUACGCCACAGAGCUUCAACUCACAAUUGUCCAUGGCUUCUCCACAUGUUGUUCCUCGUAAUUCACCACCGAAAUCCACCUCAGUGCCCACUCAUCCCUCAACGCUACAAUACUCCCAUUCUUCUCCUUAUCAAUCCCCAAUGGCGGCAACUGGUUCCAGGUCUAGUGCGUGUAAUCAACAGCCAACCGUGCAGCAACACCACACUCCAACUGAAUUUCAGCAAACACCUGUGGCUUCGUCUUUUGUUCAACAACAGCAGCCUAAUGUCUACCAGCAGCAGAUGCAACAUGCACCACAACUUCAUCAGUCAAAAAGCUAUUCAUCUUCUGGUGACAUUGGCUUUGUUCGACAGCAAAGUAACCCAUCUCAGCCGCCUCAGCAAUUCUAUGAAAAUGGUCAACAACAACGUGGACAUGGCUUCAUGAAUAAUCCAAUGAUGUCUAUGAGUCCUAGACAACAACCGCACUUCCAACCCCAGCAGUCAUCGACAAUGAAUCCUAAUGAAAACAAGGAUAUGUAUACAAUGCAGCAGCAACAACAGCAAGGUUCACUUAAAAGACCAUACUUCAAUGAAGGCGAUAUGUUGGGCCCAAGUGGGAAUAUGUAUAACAAUAACGUCCCUUCCAUGUCUGGUCCUCAGCCUCCUCCUCCAAAGCAAAUGCGAAUGAUGAUGCCAUCACAAUCUCAACAGUCUCAGAUAUCCAGUAUGCAACAGCAGAACAACGCUCAAAUUCUUGAUCAACAGCAACAGACAGCUAUGCAUUGGUCAGGUGGUCAACCUCAGUCUAAUGGUGGCUCUGGCCAGAUCAUACCACCUGCUGUUAACAAGAUGCCUCUUCAACCACCCCAUCAAAUUGUUCAUGGAAUUCCUCCCAACCAAACUUCCCCUUCUCAGGCUCAUUUAAUGAAUUCUUCGGCCGUCCAGGCUCCUAAUUCUGUUGAGGUUGAAACAGUCAUCUCCGCUAGACGAAACUUCACUAAUGAUAUGGAUUUCAACACCUGGCUGCACCAAAAUCCGCAAUUUAUUCCCGCUUGGAAUUACGUUCGAAAUCAACAGCAGCAGCAUCAGAAAGGGAUAGUGCAGUCAAAACCACCCCUCCAGUAUGCUCAGUCUCAGCCUAUGCCAGUUUCGCAAAAUCAGUCUCAACAACAGCAGAUGAUGAUGCGAGGUGGUGGUCCUGGUCCUGGAGGGUAUGCAAACAAUAUUCCUCCCCAAAGACUGAUGCCGCAACAACAAGUUCCAGGUCAAGUAACAAUGCCUAAUUCCUCCUGGCAGCAGCAAAUGCAACAGUCGGGUCCACCCCAGGAAUCUUGGGGUAUACGUCAGCCUUGCUAUGCUCCUCCUCAAGGCGGUAAACUCCCCUACGGCCAGAAUCCCCAGCAGCAACAAAUGGUCCCAAACAACCCCUACCCUGUACAACAACAACAGCCGGGUGGCUUCCCUUCCCACCGUUAUGCUUCCCCUCUUCCACAUGGAAAUAAUCCACCUCCUGGAGUUAUGCUCAGGCCUCCUGUGCCGUCGAAUCGAUUCCCCGGCCCGCCUCUUUCGCCAAGGUCGCAGCAAACUCCCAUGUAUGUUUCUCCCCAGCAAGGUCCACCCCAGCAGCAACAAAAUUCAAUGAUGCUCUCCCAACUUCUAGUGCAACCCCAUCCUCAAUCGCAGAGGCUGCAGGAUGGAGUUCUGCCGCAUCAGCAGCACCAACCCUUACCGUCUCAACAACCACCGAUCCCCCGAUAG